AUGAAAUCAAAGUUUGAUUCAAAACUAAGUUUUGUUGAAAGCUUUGCUGAGAUUCCGUUGACUGAAUUGAAACCAAUGAAUAAAAGUUUGUCUACAAAGCAAUUGAUGACAAGCAGUGAGAGUUCACAUCAUUUUAAUGAUGCCUUUCAUCCAAACGCUGAUAUAAAUAGAUUAAAAGCAAACAUUGAAAAUAACUUAUCGGAGACUAGAAAUGGAUUAAGCAAUAUAUCAUUAAAAAUAAUUACUCAGCAAUGGAUUGUCAAUACAUUCAAUACAAAUAAUUUGCUAACGUCUACACAAAAAUUUACAAUUUCUGGCCAUUCAACACAAGAACAGGAGGGUCUUAAUAUUAUAGGUAUAUAUCCAGGAGUCUAUAGAUCAGGUCCUAAUGACAGACUAUUACUAAUUGGUGCUCAUUAUGACACUGUUGGUAAUACAAGUGGCGUCAAUGAUAACGGUUCCGGUAUAAGUGCAUUGUUAGAGAUUAUUCAUUUAUUAAAUGCAUAUAAUUGUCGAUUAACUUAUUCAUUGAUGUUUGUGGCACUAGAUUUGGAAGAAUAUGGGGCACUCGGAAGCAAAUAUUUUGUCAACGAUUAUCUCAUACCAAAUGAAUUAAUUGAACGCAAAUCUCAAUUCAUAGGCGCUAUUAUUUUAGAUACAAUUCUUAAUUUUAAUCAAACACUUGGAUCUCAAGAUAUUCCUUAUGAUAUAUUUAAAGCUCUUCCUAAAUGGAGUCAACAUAUCAAACAAACUCAAUUUGUUGGCGACUUUUUGGCUUUAAUUCAUCGAAACAAUUUGGAUAAUGAAUUGAGUGAUAGUAUAACCAAAUUUUGGAGAUCACACGCUAAACAAAUGCCAUAUAAAUUAAGUAAAAUGAGUAUCAAUUCAUUGGGUAAUAAUAUUCCCGAUUUCAAGACACUUACAAAUCAUGCAAACCUCUUAAGAAGUGAUCACAUCAUGUUUUGGUAUCACAACAACCCUCUAAUUAAUACAACACUAACGGCUGUCCUCCUCACAGAUACUGGUAUUAUUCAUAUUACAUAA